AUGGGGAACGGGACUGCAGCAGUGACUGAGUUUGUUCUGCUGGGGUUUUCCCUGAGCAAGGCGGAGCUGCUGUUCCUGGUGCUCCUGCUGCCCAUGUUCCUGCUGACUCUUCUGGGGAACCUGCUCAUCAUCUCUACCGUGCUGUCCUGCUCCCGCCUCCACACCCCCAUGUACUACUUCUUGUGCAACCUCUCUCCUCUGGACAUCCUUUUCACCUCAGUCAUCUCCCCAAAAGUGUUGGCCAACUUAGGAUCUGGGGAUAAAACCAUCUCCUUUGCCGGAUGUAUCACCCAGUGCUAUUUCUACUUCUUCUUGGGCACAGUUGAGUUCUUCCUGCUAAUGGUCAUGUCCUAUGACCGCUACGCCGCCAUCUGCUGUCCCCUGCGAUACACCACCAUCAUGAGACCUCCCGUCUGCAUUGGGACCGUUGUGUUCUCUUGGGUGGGGGGCUUCCUUUCUGCGCUCUUUCCAACUAUCCUCAUCUCCCAGCUGCCCUUCUGUGGCUCCAACAUCAUUAACCACUUCUUCUGUGACAGCGGACCCUUGCUGGCCCUGGCCUGUGCAGACACCACUGCCAUCGAGCUGAUGGAUUUUAUGCUUUCUUCUGUGGUCAUCCUGUGCUGCAUAGUCCUCGUGGCCUGUUCCUACAUGUACAUUGUCUUGACAGUAGUGUGCAUUCCUUCUGCAAGAAAGAAAGCCUUUAAUACCUGUGCUUCCCACCUGACCAUAGUCAUCAUUUCUAGUGGCAUCACUAUGUUCGUCUAUGUGACCCCCUCCCAAAAAGAAUAUCUGGAGAUCAACAAGGUCCUCAGUCUGAGCAGUGUGAUGACUCCAUCCCUCAACCCUUUUAUAUAUACACUGAGGAAUAACAGAAUGCAGGGAGUCCUCAGGGGUGUGUGGGUCAGGGUUCGAGGAGUUUUAGAAAAGAGGAUGAGGGCUGUGCUGAGGAGCAGUUUGUCCUCCAACAAAGACCACCAAGGAGGGGCUUGCUCUUCUCCACCACGUAUCUAUUGUGUAAAGCCCCAGCGUUAG